AUGGAUCAGAAUAACUGCACUGCUGUGACAGAGUUCAUUCUCCUUGGAUUAACAGAGGCCCCGGAGCUAAGAAUUCUGCUCUUCCUGGUGUUUCUGCUCAUCUACGGGGUCACAGUGGUGGGCAACCUGGGCAUGAUCUCACUGAUUCGGGUCAGCUCUCGACUUCACACCCCCAUGUACUUUUUCCUCAGCCAUUUGUCCUUUGUUGAUUUCUGUUACUCCACUGUCAUUGUGCCAAAGAUGCUGGCCAAUAUCAUAACGGAAGAAAAGGGCAUCUCUUUCCUGGGAUGCACCACGCAAUUCUAUUUGUUUUGCACAUGUGUGGUAACUGAGGUUGUCCUCCUGGCAGUGAUGGCCUAUGACCGCUUUGUGGCCAUCUGUAACCCACUCCUGUACACAGUGGCUAUGUCCCAGAAUCUCUGUAUGGGGCUGGUGUCUUGUUGCUAUCUUUGUGGGACUGUGUGUUCUCUGAUCCACUUGUGUUUAGCUCUUGAAAUCACAUCCUACAGAUCAAACGUGAUUAACCACUUCUUCUGUGAUAUCCCCCCACUCUUAUCUCUGGCUUGCUCUGAUGUCAGUAUGAAUGAACUACUGCUCUAUGUUGUAGCCACUUUCAAUGAAUUGAGCACCAUUGUGAUCAUAUCCACCUCCUACUUGUUUAUCCUUGUCACCAUCCUGAGGAUGCGCUCUGCAGAGGGUAGGCGCAAAGCCUUUUCCACCUGUGCCUCUCACCUCACAGCCAUUGUGGUCUUCCAUGGAACAAUCCUUUUCAUCUAUUGCAGACCCAGUACUGGGGACACUACUGAUACUGACAAAGUGGCCACCGUGUUCUACACGGUAGUCAUCCCCAUGCUGAAUCCCCUGAUUUAUAGCUUAAGGAACAAAGAUGUGAAAGAAGGUCUCAGAAAAGUGGUGAGCUCCAAGAUAUUUUCUUAG